CUCUGCACAGGGCGGUGGUCCAGCCUCUGGUCCUGGUCCUGGAGACUGUGCUGUACGGUGGCGUCUUUCAAUCUGACUCUGGAAGAAAAGACUUCGGAGGGUGAGACCUUCCUGACUUUAGCAGUGAAAGCUGGUUUGGUGGAAAAUGUAAAGAUGCUGCUGGAUCACGGAGCUUCUCCUCACACCACCAACAGCAAGAACGAAUCCGCUCUGCUUUUAGCAGUCAGAGCUGGAUCUUAUCAGAUGGUUUCCGGUCUAAUAGCUGGAGGAGCUCAGGUGGAGCAGGUGUGUCUGAAGAAGUGGACGGCCAUGCACGAGGCCUCCAGGGUUGGCUGUGCUCAUGUUGUGGAGCUGCUGUUACAGAACGGAGGUCAGGUUUCAGAGACAGACCAGCAUGGAGUGACUCCUCUGGGCAUCGCUGCGGAGUACAGCCACCCUGAAGUCCUGGAGCUCCUCAUCAAACACGGUGCUGAUGUAAACGCCCAGGCGCCAAACGGCGACAGCGUUCUGUACGACGCUGCAGGUUCGGGAAAUCCAGACUGCAUCGACAUCUUGCUGCAGCAUGGAGCAAAUCCCAACAUCCACAACCUGAGCUUCCAGCUGCCAAUCCACCAUGCUGCUUACGAAGGACACUACCUAGCUUUGAGGAUUUUGAUCCCGAUCACCACUAGGCGGGCCCUGCGGCUGUCCGGCCACAGCCCUGUCCACUCUGCUGCUGACGGAGGCCACGUCCACUGCCUGGAGCUCCUGCUGCAGAAAGGUUUUGAUGUGAACGCGCUGUUAGCCCCUCACAUCUCUGAAAAUUAUGGAGACAUGAGGAGAAGCCCGCUGUACUUUGCUGUCUCCAACGGGGAUGCAACCUGUACUGAGAUUCUGCUGAAGUCAGGAGCCAAACCUGACCUGGACCCGCUGUGCUGCCUCCUUGUGGCGGUCAGGUCAGGGCGCUAUGAGAUCGUGAAGCUGCUGCUGGCGGCCAAGGCAGACGUUAACUGUUACUUCACGGUGCUGAACGACACGGUAUUCCCCACAGCGCUGCAUUACUGCCUGAGGGACGAGGUGAUGAUGAGGCUGCUGCUCAACAACGGCUACGAUGCCGGGAAGUGUUUCUGUUGUAACCAUGACGACGACUGGGAGGACCUGAGCGAGUCUGAUUACUCACAAAAUCAGGAGGAAAAAGUUGCUUUUUGCGAUUUCAUCAGCGUCUCCUGGCUGGUGAACCUGGUGGGCCGAGUCGUGUCGAUCCUCCUUGAAUAUGUGGGUCAGGUUUGUCUUUGCAGCAAGCUGACAAAGAUCCUGGAGAACCAGAAGGAGUGGCCUCACAUUCACAGGACCAUGCGUAACCCUCGUUCUCUGUCGCACCUGAGCAGAGUGGUGAUCAGGAAACACCUGAGCUGCAGCGGUCUGAUGUCCGUCCAGCUUCCCAAUAGGCUGAAGGACUACCUGCUGUUCAAAGAGAACGACCUGUACGCCAAAAUCAUCUGCAGGGAGGACUGAAGGGACGACGAUUUCUAUCUUAUAUUGAGUCUUAAAUGUCAGUGAUGACUCUUCUUGUUUUUUGUUUGUUUCCUUUUGUGUUUUGUCUAACAGGGCCUGUACUUAUCAAACUGCUACAAAUUACACUUGAGAAAGCCCCAAGGAGCCAACAUAGGAGACACCUUUAAGAGCAACUUUCAAGUGAUCACAUGAUUGAUCACAUGUAAGCAGGAAUAGUCAAAUAGGGGCAAGGACCGUGUCCUAAAUCCAUUCAGCAUACUAAUUCAAAGCAGGUUUUUAGUAUAGUGUGUUCACACUGGAAAAGUAACAAUGAAUUUUACUAAGACCAGUCAUACGGUUGAUACGUUUCUUUCUACUGCAACUCACAAAGGAAAUGGAGGCGCUUAUCACAGCUGGAAAAAAAAAAUCAUAAAUUAGGGAUGGCAGUGAAUAAGUUCAAAAGGA